GAACGGGAUAAGGUGAGGAAAAAAGUAGUAGUAGUAAGGGGAGGAGGAGGAAGAGGACGGUCGGUGUCUGUUCCGCUUGGAUGGCCGAAGCAGUGAGGAGGCUGGUCGGUAGGGGAGACAGACAAGACAGCGCUCUCUCUCUCUCCCUCUCCCUCUCUGUCUCUCUCUCUCUUCCUUCUCUGGCUUUCUACUCCGCCGCGUGUGCGUGCGUCCCGCUCCGCUCCAGCACGGUUCGAGUACAGGCAGGGAGGGAGGGGAGACUUGACGCAUCGGAGUGAGCGAGCAGCACACAGAGGCUUUCCACUUUCCAAUAUGCAACCCGCGAGACGCCACACCGUCAGCUACUCGUGCUACUGACACUCAGAGACACAGGGAGACAGGGAGAGAGGGGCAGGGAGGCAGGGAUGGAGACACAGUAGCGCCGCACAGACGAGAAGAGCGCAGUGAUAACACAAAAGAAGGGAGCAGCGCCUUUUGCGCACAACUCAGACGGGGAGGCUAUCUAUUUUUGCCCGGGAGCGUUGCCGAGACUUGACAGUGAUGUGUGUGCGCACAGUUUUGUUUAGUGACAAAAUACGGAUUAAUCUGCGGCCGUGAAUUCUUUGGAGAUAUCACUUCUGCGAGGAAAGAUUGGAAAACCAGAAAGGUGCAAAUCGGAUUCCAUACAUUUGUGAUUGGAUGUGAGACUACUUUGACCCUACAAAAUUGAAGAUGAUGUUGCUAUGGAAACUGCUGCUGCUGCAGUCACUUAUGGGGUGCCUUGCAGAGAGCAGUGUCCUACAGAGCCCCGUCUUUACCAAGCAGCCUGGCAGCAUCGUGUAUCCUGUGGAGAAUGUGGAGAAAAACCGAGAGGUGGUGUUCAGCUGCGAGGCCAAGGGAAGCCCACCUCCCAUGUACCGUUGGAGACUGAACGGCACGGAAAUAAAUCCCAAAACUGGAUCUCACUACAGCCUUUCUGGGGGCAACCUCAGAAUUAGCCAUCUGAACAAAGACCAAGAUGCUGGAACGUAUCAGUGCCUCGCCUCCAACUCUUUCGGGACCAUCGUUAGCCGAGAGGCCAGUCUAACCUUCGCAUACUUGGAAAACUUCAAGACUCAGAGAAGAAGCUCUGUGUCAGUACGUGAAGGUCAAGGAGUGGUUCUGCUCUGCGGCCCUCCACCUCAUUCUGGAGAUCUGGUAUUUUCCUGGAUCUUCAAUGAGUACCCGACAUUUGUGAAGCAGGAUACGCGUCGCUUCAUCUCCCAGGAGACAGGGAAUCUGUACAUUGCUAAAGUGGAGCCCUCAGAUGUUGGCAACUACACUUGUGUGGUGACCAACACCGUCACCAAGACCCGUGUCCAGGGCCCACCCACUCCACUUGUGCUCCGCAGUGAUGGUGUUAUGGGUGAAUAUGAGCCAAAGAUUGAAGUUCAGUUUCCAGAGCUUGUUCAUGUUGCCAAAGGAUCCACUGUAAAACUAGAAUGCUUCGCUCUGGGAAACCCAGCACCUUCUAUAAGCUGGAGGAGAGUCGACAAUGUGCCAUUCCCUAGGAAAGUGGACAUGAGAAAAGCCAGCGGCGUCCUGGAAAUCCCAUAUUUCCAGCAGGAGGAUGCCGGCACAUACGAGUGUGUGGCUGAAAACUCCAGGGGAAUGAACACAGUGAAAGGAAAGCUCUCUUUCUACGCUCCUCCUCAUCUCAUCGAGACGCCCCAAGAUGUCCAGAAGCUCAUCGACGACUCGCUGGCGUGGGAGUGCAAAGCCACUGGGAAGCCCAAGCCUUCAUACAGGUGGAUGAAGAACGGGGAAAACCUGGAGUCUACCGAGGAACGCAUACAGGUCGCCAGCGGGGUGUUGUCAAUCAGUCGCCUGACCCUGACUGACACCGGCAUGUACCAGUGUGUGGCCGGCAAUAAGCACGGGGAGGUCUACUCCAAUGCAGAGCUGCGAGUUAUAGCUGUUGCCCCAGAUUUUUCUCACAAUCAACUGAGGAGCCAGACGCUGGUGAAGGUAGGAGGAGACGCGCUCGUCGAGUGCAAGCCCAAGAUGUCUCCUUGGGGUGUGAUCUCUUGGCGGAAGGGCAGCGAACCACUGCGAGAGACCGACAGAAUCUCCAUUCUGGACAACGGUAGUCUGCGGAUAUGGAAUGUGACCAAAUCUGAUGCAGGCCUCUACACGUGCGUGGCAAGAAACCAGUUUGGUGUGGCAAGCAGCACGGGAAGCAUCAUAGUUAAAGAGCCUACCGUCAUCACCACGCUGGCCUCCACGCUGGACGUCACCGUUGGGGAGAGCGUGGUCCUGCCCUGCCAAGUGAGCCACGACCCUUCUCUGGAACUCAAGUUCACCUGGUUCUUCAACGAGCAGCUCAUCCACUUCGGGAGCCACGGUGGAUUCUUUGAAAAAGUGGGAGGUCAGCAUUCGGCGGGAGACAUUAUGAUUCGGAACGUCCAGCUGAGGCAUGCCGGGAAGUACACGUGCGCCGUGCAGACCAAGGUGGACAGCAUUUCCGUGGCUGUUGACUUGGUCGUCAGAGGUCCCCCAGGGCCCCCCACCAGCAUCCAUGUAGAAGGAAUCACUGAUACCACAGCCUCUCUGUCCUGGAGGCCUGGUCCUGAUAAUCACAGUCCAAUUACGGCAUACACCAUCCAAGCCAGGACACCAUUUUCCCUCGGGUGGCAAGCUGUCACCACAGUUCCUGAGGUGGUACGGGGCACCCGGCUGACAGCUACAGUAAUAGACCUGAGCCCUUGGGUAGAGUAUGAGUUUCGAGUCCUUGCGAGCAACUCCAUCGGGACUGGCGAGCCCAGCAAGCCAUCCAAACAAGCAAGGACAAAAGGAACAUCUCCGAAGGUCACACCAGCUAAUGUGAGCGGAGGCGGUGGCAGUCGCUCCGAAUUAGUCAUCACAUGGGAGCCUGUUCCGGAAGAGCUGCAGAACGGACCGGGCUUUGGCUAUGUGGUGGCUUUUCGACCCCAUGGUGCCACAGGCUGGAUGCAGGCAGCCGUACCCUCCGCUGAAGCAUCCAGAUACGUCUUUAAAAAUGAGAGCAUUCAGCCCUUCUCCCCUUUCCAAGUCAAGGUUGGGGUUUACAACAACCUGGGAGAAGGGCCAUUUGGACCUGUUACCACUAUCUACUCUGCUGAGGAAGAGCCUGGCCGAGCGCCCACCAGGGUCCGCGCCAAGAGCCUCUCUGCGUCUGAGAUUGAAGUUUCGUGGAAAGCUCUGCCCUGGAACGCCAACAAGAAGAGAGUGCUGGGCUACGAGCUGAGGUACUGGAGUAGAAGUGAAAGGGAAGACACGGCCAGCGUGCAAAGGACUGUAGGAAAUCAAACAUCUACUAUUAUCCGCGGGGUGAAAGGCAGCACCGCAUAUUAUGUCUCAGUGAGGGCGUAUAACACUGCAGGAACUGGGCCUCCCAGCACCACCGUCAACAUUACCACCAAAAAGCCACCACCCAGUCAACCACCAGGUAAAGUGGUGUGGAACACGUCGAACUCCAAGAUUAUACUGAACUGGGAGCAGGUCAAAGCCCUGGAGAACGAGUCAGAGGUCACUGGUUACAAAGUGCUGUACAAGAAGAAUCGACACAGUCGCCCCAGCGUCAUGGAAACAAACACCACCUCUGUAGAGUUGGCGCUUCCUACUGACGAGGAUUAUAUUAUCCAGAUAAAGCCAUUUGGUGAGGGAGGGGAAGGCAGCAGUAGCAGGCAGAUCACCAUCCCAAGGAUACCAGGCCCCAACGCAGUCGGCUCAGCAUCCAAGGUCUCCACUCUAUCAGCACUAAGCACAAUAGCACUGUCUUUCACAGCGCGGACAUCUUUAUGACAAACGUCUCGCAGCAGGCGUUGCAUCUGAUGUGAAGACGGCGCUCCGGCAGAACGCAAACAAAGCCCACUCCGGUGUAACUAGAUCCAUUCAUUUAGAUUUUAGAAGCAAAAGGAAGACGCCGAAGGAAAAAAACAACAAAAAAAGACAAAAAAAACGCCAUUGACAUAACAGGGAAGGGGUCCCCUUCAGUGCCCAGGCUAAGUAAAGGAGAUUGACCGAUGUCGUGACUAUGUUGUUACCAAAGCAGCUUUCAUAAGAAAAAAUAAUCAGAAAAAAAUGUCUUAUAUGCAUCUUUUUGUAUGACACGUUGAGCUUUUAUAGAUUUUCUUUUCUUAAAUAAAUUUAAAGUCUGUC